UAUGAGGGCAUGUCUACUGUGUGAACGCACGAGGCCGAACACUAAAGAGCUGCUGCCCUCGCACACAUCACGCAGGUUUUACCGGGGAAACAGUCGCGCACUGAACCGGCAGGAUCGCGCAGCGUCGCGGCUCUGCUGAUUAAAUUCCUCGCGCAGAGAGCAGCAGCACUGAAGCACCGCAGAGGAGCAGAGUCACUGACAGGCGCUCGGCGGGGCGGAAUGGACUACAGUUAUGAUACGGACCUGGAAGAGUUGUGUCCGGUGUGUGGGGAUAAAGUAUCUGGCUAUCAUUAUGGUUUAUUAACCUGCGAGAGCUGCAAGGGUUUCUUUAAGAGGACCGUACAGAAUAACAAACGGUACACAUGUGCAGAGAGUCAGGACUGCAAGAUCGAUAAAACCCAGAGGAAACGCUGUCCGUUCUGCCGCUUUCAGAAAUGUCUGAACGUCGGGAUGCGGCUGGAAGCUGUCCGUGCUGAUAGGAUGCGAGGAGGGCGCAAUAAAUUUGGCCCUAUGUACAAACGAGACCGGGCGUUAAAGCAGCAGAAGAAAGCUCUCAUCAGGGCGAGUGGCUUAAAGAUGGAAGCCACGCCCCCUUUGAUGUCAUCCCCUCAGUCUGACUACAGCUUCAGCACCGCUCUGUCCACCCCAGCUCCAAAAAACACCCACCUAAACAUCGGUACCUCGGUGGCCCCUACAGAUUACGAACGCAACCUCUACGCAUCCAGUUCCCUGAGUUUAUCCAUCCCCAUACCAGCGCACACCCCUCUGCCAGCACAGUACCCAGCGUAUCCCACCCUGCCCAGCCGCGCCAUCAAAUCUGAGUACCCCGACCACUACACAAGCUCAGAGCAUUACACCAGUGCCAGCUCCCCAGAAUCCAUUCCAGGCUACACAUACGUCGACCAGACGCAAGUGUCAACCAGCCCGCCGCUCGCCCCACUGGGCUUAACGGUACCGCCGCUGGUUCUAGAGUUUGUUCGCUGUGAGCAAGAUGAGCUGCAGGUGCAAAGCAAGAUAAGCGCUCACCUGGCUCACCUGCAGCAGGAACAGAACUCUCGGAGCGCGGCGGCCAAUCAGGAACAGAACACACGUCUCGCUGCCAAACAGGAACGGCUCAGCACCUUCGGCCUGAUGUGCCACAUGGCCGAUCAGACGCUCUUCUCUAUAGUGGAGUGGGCGCGAAGCUGCAUCUUCUUUAAGGAGCUAAAGGUGGGAGAUCAGAUGAAGUUGCUGCAUAACUGCUGGAGUGAGCUGCUUGUGCUGGACUACAUCGCCAGACAGUUGCAUCAUGGGAAAGAGGACAGUGUGCUUCUCAUUACUGGACAGGAGGUUGAGCUUGCGUCUUUACUGGCCCAGGCAGGGGUCACUCUGAACGGGAUGAUACAGAGAGGUCAGGAGCUUGUGCACCGUCUGCAGGAGCUUCAGCUGGACCGCAGAGAAACCGCCUGUCUCAAAUACCUCAUCCUCUUCAACCCCGAUGUGAAGCUGUUGGAAAACCAGCCUUACGUGGAGAGCGUGUACGAGCAGGUGAACGCCGCACUGUUGGAGUACACACUGUGUGCGUAUCCACAAUUCCCGGACAGGUUUAGUCAGAUUCUGCUGCGCCUUCCUGAGCUCAGAGCACUCAGCACACAAGCUGAAGACUACCUGUGCUACAAACACCUGAGCGGAGAGGUGCCGUGCAACAACCUCCUCAUAGAAAUGCUGCAUGCCAAGAGAACCUGCAUCUGACACACACACACAUUUACAGGCCCGAUUCCUUUGCAGAUGACACUGUUAUUGACUAGAUGUUUUGCAGCAGUCGUCUUUCGCACACAGAAAACCUCAUCAACCAUGCCACUGUGUUUCUGAAAGGAAAGAGGGGAGAUGUCAGUGUUAUUGACUGUGCUGCAGCGAUGACGUAUUUUGUAGGUCAGCAUCACCCUGGUUCCUUUGACAAAAACACAAUUCAAUUUUUUGCAGAAAAUCAGCUCUGUGAUUCUUACCCAUUUUGGUCAGGAAUGAACAACUGUUUGAAGCCUAAAUACAAGCACUUGGAAGUAGAAAGCUAAACUCUACAGCACACUCGCAUGACUUCUGCUCUUUCAUUCCUUGAAAGGUAGAAUAUUUUAAAAGAAUGCAAUUACAAACACAGUGAGGCUGUCAAAGGGAGUAGAUGAGUUAACUUGUUCGAUGUGAUGAUCUUGAAUGUCCUCAACAAUCUCUGUAGUCCCAUUUACCAAAUAGUUAGCCAGCAGCUUUUUCAAUCAAAAGGGUAUUAAACAUGAAAAUAUAUUGAGCUUGUGUACAGUACAGACUUUAGUUCAGGCAUUUAUCCAAAAACCCAUUUAAAAACCAAUUGACUUUAGACCAAUGGAACCGAAAAUGCUACGUAAAAUACUUGUUUCCAGGAUUUGGCUUACAAAAAUACGUCAUCCCUUGGCACUCUAUUUAAAAAAGUGACAGAUUGUGCCUUCCCUCUAAACACACACACACACACACACACACAGACACCAAGAAGCACUUAUUCCAGUAUUUAAAAGACAAGGUGAGGCACAAUCACAGCCAAGAACCUCCCACUUAGACAGGAAGCGGCAACAUGUCUGUCAUGACAAGUGAGGUAUUUCAAUAAUUACAAUCUAAAGCACAAAUUAAACGAUAAGCUGAAAUCUAAUGAUUUCAUCAAGUGAGGCCAGUAAAUGAGCUAAGCAACCUUCAUUAACAUUCCCUUUUUAAGAUGGAAAGCGAGAGGGAGAAAGAAAGAGGGAAGGCCUCAUUCAACACAAAGCACACCCAUAAUAGCUCUGCCAUAAAACCUAGUGAGCUACCUACAUAGACAGCAUCAUUUACGCUUCUUAUGAAAUGUAAUCUCAAGGCAGCACACUAGGUUUUUGAACAGAGCUCUUUAAGCCCGUAUUUAUCAGACACUGCACACUUAAACACCAGUAUAUUGUAUGUUUCAAAAGAGUUGUGUGUGUGUGUGUGUGCUUAUGCUGAGGCAAGGGGAGGUAAAUUAGGACUUGCAAUUCUGCCUUAACACUAACACUGUUGAUCCUGUGACGCUGAGAGAAUCAAUGGGCAUAAAUGACUAUUCAGAUGUGUUUGUGUCUCUGUGCGUUCUAAUGUGUGAGUGUGUAAAAGGGUGUUGGUGUGCGCGCGACUGUUAAGAAAUGUCAUCUCAAUAUAUUAAGCCCCUCUCAAGCUUCGGCCAAGCUGAUUAUGAUAUCUCAGCAUGUUUGAUUUUUGUAUAGUGAAGUGUCUGAUUGGUCAAGUUCUCUUUCAUGUAACAUGUUUGUGUUAAUGACAUUUGUUAUGAAUGUGCUUAACUGUAUUGUUUCAAAUGAAUAAAUACAAAUUAUUUAAACCA